AGGGUGAGAGUGGCUGGAGUGAUACUGUGAUCAAACUGCUGGAUUUUUGGGGAUUAUUCUGAUUACGGUCGCUUUAUUUAAAGGUUUUCUGUGAGAAGUUGACAUUCGGAUAUGAUCAAGCUCUGGAUUAACUUCACCUUACCGUUGGCUGCGUUAUAUGUUGUUGCAGUAUGUCUGAAUCUCGCAGGCCUCUCUGCGGCCAUACAGGUGACGUCCACGGGGGAGCAGACCGUCAAGAAAGCCCAGGGUGAGAGCGUUACAAUAGGCUGCAUGUACACCAUAGACUCUGUGGAUGUGGGAGAGCUGGACAUUGAGUGGUCACGCGUCAGUCAAGACAUGACCCAGAAAGAUCAGCUGAUCUUAUCUUACACUGGGGGGACACAGCACGAGUUCGGAGACCCGGGCCUGAUGAGCCGCUUUAAAUUCGUUACCGACCCCAGCCACGGAGACGCCACGGUAACCAUCACCUCCCUUGAGCCCCUGGACACGGCAACAUAUCACUGCAAAGUCAAGAAGAUUCCGGGCGUUGACUCGAGGAAAGUCACUGUAGUGGUGUUAGUAAAACCUUCACUUCCUAAAUGCUGGGUGGACGGCAAUGAGGAGAAAGGUGGAGUGAUCUCGCUCUGCUGCAAAUCGUCGCAUGGUUCGAUUCCUCUGAAGUACACGUGGACGAAGGAAAGUGGAAACCUGCCACCGACCGCAUCACAAAAUUCCCAGACUGGAAAGAUGCUUAUCACAAACCACAGCGAGAGCUACACAGGGAAGUACCUGUGUGAGGUCAGCAAUGAGGUUGGCACGGAGCGAUGCACGUACAACCUUCAAGCGUAUAACCCGACUGAUAAAGUGGGUGUGAUCGUGGGAGCUGUGAUUGGUGCGUUACUCUUGCUUCUCCUCCUACUUUUGCUGAUCUGGCUCCUGAUUUGCUGUUGCAACAAGCGGCGCUAUGAAAAAGAGGUCGCCAAUGAAAUCAGCGUGGAUGCUGCGCCUCCUGAAAGUCGACCCGGAAGCCGGACCACCAGCUUCCGGUCCAUGCGGAGCUACCAUGCCCAUCCCGGGCUGCGGUACGACUCGGUUCGGAAGACAGAUGUAAUGAGGGCUGAAUCCGGUCGCAGUGCCUACUCCGAACGGGCCGGAGUUGAAAGAGAAGCAAGCAUGCUAGCUAGUGAUAACAGGCCCCCGCUCCCAUACGACAGUAAAUACGGAUACCCUGUAUAACCACGGAUGUCCUGCACUGAACACAUUACACUAGAGAUGAAAUGCUGUGCAAAACCACAGAUUCGAGGACGUUGAAAGUGUACAGGAGAAUAUCCCUGUUGUUGAAUUUGCAUAAUGUUCAGGAUAUUGAUUCAGUGAUAUAUAUGUAUAUAUGUGUAAAUGUAUUUUUGUAUGAUUUUAUUUGUCUACGCCUUGGCAUAGCUGAAUGUUUUGGUGAAAUCAGAAUGUAUUUCUGUAUGAAUGUUACCGAAUUGUGGUGGUAAACUAAACAGUAAUUAAACCUAUUUUAACCUA